AUGGGAGUUCCAUCGACAACGAAUAUUCCCAAGGAGACUGUGUCACAUCUCGAUGCUGCCCCUAUUCCCAAGCCGGGAAUUCUUUUGCAAGUCAGAGCGGGAAGAGUCAAGAAAGGUGCCCUAGGAGGCGAAAUCACCUCUGCUAUCUACAAACAGCGACAUGACGGGCCAAUAUUUUGCAGCGCGACUGGUGUUCUGGGCGACGAACACGCUUCCAGCAGACACGGUGGCACAGAGCGCGCAGUACAUCAGUACAACCCAGAUCAUUACCCAGACUGGCGAGCCGAGAACCCGCCAGAGCCAGAUCUAUACGAUGUCGGAGCCUACGGCGAGAACCUUGUCACGACCAACAUGAAUGAUGACAACGUGUGUAUCGGCGACAUAUACAAACUCGGUGACAAUGUCCUUCUCGAAGUAAGCGAACCACGACAUCCAUGCUUCAAACUCAACUCCCGAUUCAAAUGGCCACGAGCUCUAAAACGGACGAUUCGAACGGGACGAGCAGGCUGGAACAUGCGAGUCUUGAAGACAGGCGAUAUCUGCAAAGGAGAUACAAUCUCUUUGCUAGAGAGACCGUAUCCCAAGUGGUCUGUGUUGAACGUUCAGCGUGUCAUUAGAGCAAGGAAUGUCUCUCUCAAUCUGCUGGCGGAAUGCACACAGCUUCCUAUGACAGAUCUCUUUCUGGACAUUGCAAAAGAGAGAUUAAGGAGUGCUCCAAAAGCAUACACUCUAGUCGACGCUCGCCUCGUCGCUCAGCGUGUCAGGAAGCUCACGUUUGCCUUGAAAGAGCCUUUGACUCUUGUCAAUGCAGCGUUCGACGCUUAUGCCUUUGCACAGAUCAAAUUCGGAGGCGAAGUAAAAUUCGAGCGCUCUUAUUCGAUUGUCGACGGUGAUAUAUACAAGUUCAGCCUGGGCGUUUCGCUUGAUCGACAAUCACGAGGAGGUUCGGCUUAUCUACACAACAAGCUGAAGAUUGGUGAUGAGAUUGAAAUGUCUCCUGGAUCAAACCCUGGUGCGAUAGAAAAUGAUGAAAAAUGCGACGAAAGUCUCACACGGAUUCUGAUCGUCGGAGGGAUCGGAAUAACGGCCUUUUUGCCAUCGAUGCGCGAUUGGGAGAGUAAAAGCCUGCCAUACUAUCUUCAUUAUGCCAUCAGAAGUCUUGAAGAGGCCGCCUUUCUUGAUCAACUGCCCAAAAGCAAGACCACUCUGUACUGCCGAUCAGAGGGUCCACGACUCGACAUUAGAAGUGUCAUACCAAAGCCCAGCCAAGAUGGGGCAUACAACGCACGCAUAUUCUCAUGCGGACCCUCAAGCAUGAUGAAGGAAUGCGAGAAAAUUGCUAAGGAACUUGGAUAUCCAGACCACUUGCUUCAUUUUGAGGAUUUUGGUAACGGUGGAGGUGGUGAUCUCGGAGAGCCCUUCGAGGUGGAAGUCGAUGAGCCGGACUCCAACAGACAUGAGACGGUGACGGUUCCUCCAAACAAGACGCUGCUAGACGUGCUCAACGACGCGGGCUUCGACAUAUUGUACUCUUGUAAGUCUGGUGCCUGUGGUGCUUGUAAGGUGGCGUUGUGCGAGGGAAAGGUUGAUUACAAGAGUACGUCGCUGCUUGAUAAGGAGAAGGGGCGGGCGUUACAGGCUUGUGUCGAUCGUGGUAUCGGGAGGCUCAAGAUAGAGAUAGAUUAG